UCCUCACACAAAUUCUGUGCCAAAUUUCAAGAGCAAACCAAGAAAAGGCUGCAAAUUCAGCUUUUCAAUAUCUGCUUUUGAUCAAUCGAAAUGGCUUCACAAGUUUCUCAAAUGCCUUCUUCAUCACCCCUUUCUUCCAAUAAGGAUGAAAUCCGUCCCAAAGCCGAUUUUCAGCCUAGCAUUUGGGGAGAUUUCUUCCUCAAUUGUCCCGACAAGAAUAUUGAUGCUGGAACUGAAAAACGCCACCAACAAUUGAAAGAAGAAGUGAGGAAGAUGAUUGUGGCACCAAUGGCUAAUUCGACCCAAAAGUUAGCCUUCAUUGAUUCAGUCCAAAGACUGGGUGUGAGUUACCAUUUCACCAAGGAGAUCGAAGAUGAACUAGAGAAUAUCUACCAUAACAACAAUGAUGCCGAGAACGACCUCUACACUACAUCUCUUCGAUUCCGACUACUCCGAGAGCAUGGAUACAAUGUUUCAUGCGACGUAUUCAACAAGUUUAAAGACGAGCAAGGGAAUUUCAAGUCAUCCGUGACAAGCGAUGUUCGAGGAUUGUUGGAACUUUACCAAGCUUCCUAUUUGAGGGUUCAUGGGGAAGAUAUAUUGGAUGAAGCAAUUUCUUUCACCACCAACCAUUUAAGCCUUGCAGUAGCAUCUUUGGACCAUCCUUUGUCCGAAGAGGUUUCUCAUGCUUUGAAACAAUCAAUUCGAAGAGGCUUGCCAAGGGUUGAGGCAAGGCACUAUCUUUCAGUAUACCAAGAUAUUGAGUCCCAUAAUAAGGCUUUGUUGGAGUUUGCUAAGAUCGACUUCAACAUCUUACAAUUUUUGCAUAGGAAAGAGCUAAGCGAGAUUUGCAGGUGGUGGAAAGAUUUAGACUUUCAAAGAAAGUUGCCAUAUGCAAGAGAUAGAGUGGUUGAAGGCUAUUUUUGGAUCUCAGGAGUGUACUUUGAGCCCCAAUAUUCACUUGGUAGAAAGAUGUUGACAAAAGUGAUAGCAAUGGCAUCUAUUGUAGAUGAUACAUAUGACUCAUAUGCAACAUAUGAAGAGCUCAUUCCAUAUACAAAUGCAAUUGAGAGGUGGGAUAUCAAAUGCAUAGAUGAACUUCCUGAAUACAUGAAGCCGAGCUACAAGGCACUAUUAGAUGUUUAUGAAGAAAUGGAACAACUGGUGGCUGAGCAUGGGAGACAAUAUCGUGUUGAAUAUGCGAAAAAUGCGAUGAUACGACUUGCUCAAUCUUAUCUUGUGGAGGCCAGAUGGACUCUUCAAAACUACAAACCAUCAUUCGAGGAGUUUAAGGCUAAUGCAUUGCCAACUUGUGGUUAUGCCAUGCUUGCUAUUACAUCUUUCGUCGGCAUGGGAGAUAUCGUAACACCAGAGACCUUUAAAUGGGCAGCCAAUGACCCUAAGAUAAUUCAAGCUUCCACAAUUAUUUGUAGGUUUAUGGAUGAUGUUGCGGAACACAAGUUUAAGCAUAGGAGAGAAGACGAUUGCUCAGCAAUAGAGUGUUACAUGGAAGAAUAUGGCGUAUCAGCACAAGAGGCAUAUGAUGUAUUCAACAAGCAUGUUGAGAGUGCCUGGAAGGAUGUGAAUCAAGAGUUUCUGAAACCAACAGAAAUGCCAACAGAAGUUUUAAAUCGUAGCCUAAACCUUGCAAGGGUGAUGGAUGUACUUUACAGGGAAGGAGAUGGAUAUACAUAUGUUGGAAAAGCGGCUAAGGGUGGAAUCACUUCAUUGCUUAUUGAACCAAUUGCACUUUGAAAUUUAUAUUAAAUUUUCCUCUUCAAGCAUCUUCCUUAAGAAAUAGUUAUUAAGUUCUAAUUAAUAAUGUUGUAUAAUAUUCAUAUAUAUUAUCAAAGAAAGUCCGAAUCGAUUGUCUUUGUACUCAUUACCUUCUAUUAAUUCAAUAAAGUUCUUUUCAAGCUUUCCAUUAUGAAAA